CGUCCAGCAGCUGAUCGGUAAUCCAGAAGAAGUUUCCCCUCAGUUAGGGGGGAGCUCCACUUUGAAGCAGGAGACUCCACAACCACCCUGCAUUAAAAAGGAAGAGAAGGAACUCUGCAUCACUCGGGAGGGAGAGUGUCUUCUAGGACGAGAGGAAGCUUAUUACACCAAGUUUCCACUGAGUAUUCUCUCUGCGAAGACGGAAGAUGAUGAAGAGAAACCACAAGUAGACAACCUCUUAACGCCCCUAUCAGAUAGUGAGGCUGAAGACGAGGUUGAAGAACCUUUGCGCAUCAAUAAAGACUGUGAAGGUGAUAUGAGGACUCACACUGACAACAAACACUCUGAAUGCUCUUCAAAAAAGAGAGGUAAAAAAUGUUUGAGCUGUUCAAUUUGUGCUGAAAGUUUUACUAAAAAGAGCCAUUUGACUCAACACAUGAGAACACACACAGGAGAAAAAUUACUUAAGUGUUCAGUUUGUGGCAAAAGCUUUUCUCAAAAUAGCCGUUUGACUCGACACAUGAGAACACACACAGGAGAAAAACCAUUUAAUUGUUCAGUUUGUAGCGAAAGCUUUUCUCAAAAUAGCCAUUUGAAUCGACACAUGAGAACACACACGGGAGAAAAACCAUUUAAUUGUUCAGUUUGUGGAGAGAGCUUUUCUCAAAAUAGCCAUUUGACUCAACACAUGAGAACACACACAGGUGAAAAACCAUUUAGUUGUUCAUUUUGCGGCAAAAGCUUUUCUCAAAAUAGCUCUUUGACUCAACACAUGAGAACACACACAGGCGAAAAUACAUUUAAUUGUUCAGUUUGUGGCAAAAGCUUUACUAUUAAGAGGUAUUUGACUGAACACAUGAGAACACACACAGGUGAAAAACCAUUUAUUUGUUCAGUUUGUGGCAAAAGCUUUUCUGUUAAGAGCACUUUGACUGAACACAUGAGAACACACACAGGUGAAAAACCAUUUAAGUGUUCAGUUUGUGGCAAAUACUUUUAUAAAAAUACCUCUUUGACUGAACACAUAAGAACACACACAGGUGAAAAACCAUUUAAUUGUUCAGUUUGUGGCAAAGGCUUUUCUGUUAAGAGGAAUUUGACUCAACACAUGAGAACACACACCGGUGAAAAACCAUUUAAUUGUUCAGUUUGUGGCAAUAGCUUUCCUCAAUUCAGCUCUUUGUGUCGACACAUGAGAACACACACUGGAGAAAAAACCAUGUAAUUGUUCAGUGUGCUGUAAAAGGUUCCCACAUAAUGCAGUCACAGUAAAACACAUAAGAACACACAAAGGGACAUAACAAAUUAGCUGUUUAGUUUGUGGUAUGUUGCUCAUAUGUGGUGACAUCCACCCUACCCAGGACCUCCUCACUGCUUCUUUCACAAAUAUCUGAGCUAUUCAUACAAACUUGGAUUAUUUGGAGCAUAAUCUUAUCUACUCAUGACCCCAUGUCUUCUCUGUAUCUGAAACCUUCCUGAACAGUAAGAUAGAUGAUGCUUCAAGUGCUUGGUUACUCCUUCUUCAGUCCAGGGACCUGGGGCCUCAUGUGUCAAGUUUGUGCACGCUCAAAAACCUGCACUACACCCUUUUUCACUGCAAAGUUGAGAUGUAUUAAAACUGACGUUGGGAUGCUGGUUAACUGUUCCCACAACAAACUGCCAACUUUUACUCCUCAGACUGAUUGAUGUGCAAAUCAGAGACAUAUGAACAAUUAACCCCCAACACCCACAACCCCACCCCCACCUCUCUCGACUUUCGGACAUAACAGGUUCAAUCCGGCACACGAGAUGAGUUUGCGAAGUGUAAAAUUCAGCUGCAUUUUUUAAUGAAACAAACUGCUGUUCUAAAUGGGUCCACUGGAUGUCGCAAUAGCAAUUCUGUUAGGCAAGCAAAUAGUUUAUACCGGGGCGAGCAAGUAUACCAAGCAAGAGGUACACAGUAAAGCGGGGCUGUGACUCCUCCCCCUGCACCCAACGUAAAACAAGAGUAAAAUAAGCAAUCAGUAACGCCACUUAAAAUGCAGCAUGAGACACUGCACACUGAUAUAGUUCUGUGAAAAUGAUUGUCUUCUGUGCAAAUGUAAAGAAAGUGAACAGUGUGUGAUUUACUGCAAUACUGUCAGUCUUUUAACUUUUUAUUUGUGCUUUGUAGAAACACUGAGAUUAAGUCUAAAUUCAUUGUGUUCUUCAAGGUGUUUUUGAAAAUGCACCAUUCCCCCCCAUAAUUUUCAACUAAAUUGAAGUGUUUUGUCAAGUUAUUUGUGAUAUGUACAUUUUCAGAAUGUGCUGGUUCUAUUUUAGUCUG